GGCCGCGGUGGGCGCGCGGCCGCGCCGCUCCUGGGCUUGAGGGCAGCUGCGCGGCUACGCGGUGCAGAAGCUGCCCGAGCUGCUGCGGGAGCGCGAGCUGGCCCUGGGCACCCUCAACAAGGUGUUCGCGUCGCAGUGGCUGAACGCCAGGCAGGUGGUGUGCGGCACCAAGUGCAACACGCUCUUCGUGGUGGACGUGCAGUCGGGCCAGAUCACGCGCAUCCCCCUCAUGCGGGACCGGGAACCCGGGCCGGCUCGGGCCCAGCCGAGCUGCGGCAUCCACGCCAUCGAGUUGAAUCCCUCCAAGACGCUUCUGGCCACGGGGGGCGAGAACCCCAACAGUCUGGCUGUCUACCAGCUGCCCACCCUGGACCCCGUGUGCCUGGGCGACCGCCUCGGCCACAGGGACUGGAUCUUCGCCAUCGCCUGGAUAAGCGACACCGUGGUCGUGAGCGGUUCCCGCGAUGGCACCGUGGCUCUGUGGCGGAUGGACCCCGACAUAUUCAAUGGCAGCAUCGCCUGGCACAAUGACGCGGGGCUCCCCGUGUACGCCCACAUCCGUCCAAGGGACUUGGAGACCAUCCCCAGGGCCAACACCAACCCCAGUAACCGCAAGGUACGGGCCCUGGCUUUUAAUCGCAAGAACCAGGAGCUGGGAGCGGUGUCCCUGGACGGCUACUUCCACCUGUGGAAAGCCCGGAGCACCCUGUCCAGGCUGCUGUCCAUCAGGCUGCCCUACUGCCGAGAGAACGUGUGCCUAACCUACUGCGACGAGUUGUCCCUGUACGCGGUGGGCUCCCAAUCCCACGUCUCCUUCCUGGAUCUGCGCCAUGGUCACCAAAACAUCCGGCCCCUGUGCUCUCGAGAGGGCGGCACGGGCGUGCGCUCGCUGAGCUUCUACCAGCACAUCGUCACCGUGGGCACGGGCCACGGCUCCCUGCUCUUCUAUGACGUCAGAGCCCAGAAGUUCCUGGAGGAGAAGGCCUUGGCCAGCCCGGACUCCUCUCCCGGGCCCGCAGCGAGGAAGCUCAAGCUCACCUGUGGCAGAGGCUGGCUCAACCACGAUGACCUGUGGGUGAACUACUUUGGCGGCGUAGGCGAGUUCCCCAACGCGCUCUACACCCACUGCUACAACUGGCCUGAGAUGAAGCUCUUCGUGGCUGGGGGCCCUCUCCCUUCAGGCCUCCAUGGGAACUACGCAGGCCUCUGGAGCUAA